UCUUGUGCCGUUCGCAGAAACGGCAGGAUCUGGCCAGCCGAGCUAGAAAGGGAUCUCCCCGGAACGGAAACGUAGUUUAUUGCGCUUCCGCAAUUACGUGCCGGGACCCGGUAGCCGGUAACCGGACCGCGCAAUGGCGACGGCCCACAAGGAUAACGGUGUGAUCGUACGGCGGACGCAGAAAGACGAUCUGCCGGAAGUGAUCGCUAUGAUACAGGAGUUGGCUGACUUCGAGAAGAUGCCUGACGGACCCCAGCUGACCGUGGGCGACUUGAUGCGGGACGGUGGAUUUGAGGAGCGGAGCACAGCGGACGGUGCACCAGUGUUUCAUAGUUUUGUGCUGGAAGCUCCUGCCGACCCGGAAUGGCUCGCUAAUCAGGAGCGGCUAACGUCAUUGCAAUCGGUCGAUCCGGCAAACGCGAGACCUCUAACCCGGAAAUUGAUUGGAUACGCUAUCUGCUACUACUCGUACUCAACAUGGCGCGGAAAAACUCUCGCACUGGAAGAUAUUUACAUCCGUCCGGCCUACCGUGGUAAUGGCUAUGGAGAGCUAUUCUUUCGUGCCUUAGCAAAACACGCGCUGGAUAAUCGGUGCUCGAGAAUCGAUUUCCAUGUGCUGAACUGGAAUCCCGCCACAAAGUUUUAUCGCCGAAUGGGUGCGCUGGAUUUAACGGAAACUGAGUGCUGGCACUUUUAUCGACUUCAAAAGGAUGCCAUUGAACAGCUCGCACGUAAUGCGUGAUCGUGCCCUGCUACUGCGGGACACAUUUAUUGAAAGUAUUAAAGACACACAGCAAAGUUAAUUAAAGACAACUUGAUGAACA